CGGCAAACGUGAAUCGUAAAUACUGGUGUAAUAAUUGUUUAAAUUUAGUGAUAUUUCUUCUUAAAAUUAACCAGAAAUAUCUUAUAACUAUACACGAGUACCCAGUGUUUAAAAAUGUGCUAAAAGUUUAGCGAGCUUUGCUUGAAAUAGUGAAAAAUUAGGAUUGAACUCUAAUCACAUCGUCGCUAGGACGGAAAAUCGAUAGUUACUGGCGGAGUUUUUGAAAACUAAUUUUUAGCAUUAUUUGCUAAACAAUGGUAGGCCUACUGGAUCCAUUGAAAUAUGGCGAGCAUUUUUAUGAAUUGUACACCAGUAAUACACGUCGAAAACUUCAAAAUGACCGAAAAUCGUUGUCGAAACGUAAAAGUAAGGAUAAAAAGGCAGCAGCUCUCGCGGCUGCCGCAGCUGUUCUUGAAGGCAACGCGGGUGCCAUUGUAAAUCCCAUGGAUCCCCCCAUAAUCAAAGAUCAACUACUACUGUUUCCCGCAUUUCCUGUAGCACAUAUAGAGCUCGAGGCGAACGCAUCCAAAUUCGCUGUUUUUGCUGUUAUACGUUCCACAGUCUUAGAAGCGGAGACCCGUUAUGCACUUUUCCAAGAUACCAGUGGCGCUCUGCGUCGUCUACACAAUUUAAGUUCCUCUUGUUGCCUCAUCUGUGCCGGCUCCUGCAUCGCUACAAAUCUGCUUGAUUGUUCUUGCCACACAACGUUGUCAGCAGUAGUUGGUAGCGCGAAUAGCGGCAGUGGACUGCUGGUGGAAAAGCGUUCUCGUCACGAUUCAGCAAACAGUGAUGCGGAAAGUGAGUCUGACGAUGCCACCGAAAAAGAGCUUGCGGUGGUGCGUGUACCGUUGAUUGUUGGCGCCGGAUUGCGUAGCCUUUUCGAGCUAAUUGCCGACGCACGCCACAUACAGCCGACACUAUGCACCAAGGCACUAAAAGCGUUAUUAGAUGUCAUACAAGGACAGCAGCCGGAGUCUUUUAAAUUGGAGCCAGAUGAUUUGAUCAAUCCGUUGUAUGAUUUACUGCUUGAUUUAACUACAAUGCCGGCCGCAAUGGUUUCCAACGCGACUACAGAAGCGAAUUGGUCUGCAAUGGCUUGUGCGGCAUUGAUUGGACUAUGCAUUGCACGUGGUGACACUGGCAAGAUACUGAAAGCUAUUGCAGCAAUGUUAAUGUCUCCCAAACAGCUAUCCAGACAAAUUAUACAACUGCCUUCAGUACUAUCAACCCUUCAAAAGACUGUAAUGAGUGCAGCGCUGAAUAAGCCCACAAGACCAGAUUUCCACACGAACGGCGUGCCGACGAAUUCGCUUAUCGAUGAGUUCACAUUAAAAACUUCUGUGACCGCUUGCGGCAGCCUCUACACUCAACCCGCUAUGGCUUCAGAUGGCAGUUAUCUGUAUCUCUUACUUGGGAGCUCCUUGCUUAAGAUCGGCACUGGUUUUAGUGGCUCUUUCAAAGGGCAUGUUUAUGCCCAAAAUGAUGAAUUCACCAAGGAAAAAUCUGGUUGGUUGGGCUACUUCGGCGGUAAUCUAUACUUUCGACGUAAUGUCAAGCGUUCAGCAGACCACCUGCAUCUGGUAAACACAGAGACGCUGACUAUUAAGGGCAUCAAUUCUGUCAAUCUCGUACCCAUACGUGAGGGAUUCAAUUAUGUUCUUUUCACGGAUGAAGACUCCAUCAAUGCAAUUUGUACCAAUAGAGAUGAUACGCUUGUUGUAAAGAAAUUGAAUUUCAAUACCUCAAAUACUUACGGUAGCGAUUUAUCGCCUCCAUUCGAGAUUCCUUUAAAGCUGGCGCGUAAAAAAUUUCGUACACUUGGCUACGCUGCUUUCGAGGAUGAGGUGCUCAAUCAAAACCAAAUACAAAAAAUUCAAUCUUCCUACAAUAUUUUCGAGCCGAAACUGCCCAGUGAGAUAGAGGUACAGGGGAUUGUAUGCGGCAAGGAAUUUGGCCUUGUGCGUGCAUCAAAUGGCAAGGUGUACUACUACGGCAAGUCGGCAUCUUUGGGCUUAAAAUCUAUCGGCCGAACACCAACUAUGAAAAUGACUGAGUUGAUUAUUUCGAAAGUUUCGAAUAUUGUGCACAUCGCGGUUGGUCAUGAUGGUAUACACGCAUUGUUGGUAAAUGAUGAUGGCACUGUUUAUUUUACGGGUACCGCACGCCGUGGUGAAGAUGGUGACUCUUCCAAGAAUCGACGACAGCCAAAAGCUGUCAAGCCCAAAAAAAUGUCGAAAAUCGAUGGUCACGUAGUCAUACAUGCGGCUUGCAACAAUGGCACGUCUGCUUUUGUAACAAAAACUGGUAAGCUGAUUAUGUUUGGCAAGGACACAGCGCAUUGUGAUACCGGUGGUUGUGUUAGUGACUUCAUUGAUCAGCACAUAACAAAGGUGGCGCUGGGUAAAGCGCACUGUGUGGCCUUAAAUUCUAAAGGUCAACUUUUCACUUUCGGGCUGAAUAACAAAGGCCAAUGCGGGCGUGUGUUUAGCAAGUCUAGUAAGGAUAAUUGCGUAACCCUACAAGGUAGUGGUGGUGCUAGCGCUUUAAGCAUAGGGCCGGCUGCUGACUCAGAUGGCAAAUGUUUGUUGGGUGGAAAGAAGUUGAAAUUUGAUUUUUCUACACUCUGCGAUUACGAUGAUCAUCAACUGGUGCAAGGGCAAUGCCGCGUAUGUGUUAUGUGCCGCGAGUGCACCGGCUACAAUGUGUCCUGUGUGUCGACUUUGAAUGUCCCCGUUGAAGAACGCUUGUCGGGAGCGAUUUGUCCCUGUGGUCAUGGCGACGCCGGUUGCUCCAAAUGUGGCCUCUGCUCCACCUGCAUUUCACUGCAAGAGGCAGAAAACGAUGCUAACAAGGACAACAAACAGCUGAAUAGUGAAUUAAAUCGUCAACGCUCGAAGAGCUUAAUAAUGCGGCGCAAGGAAAAGAAAUUAGUUGCAGAAGAGAAUAUUGGAACGCAAUUGACUGAUUCAGACAAGGAUCCACCACGCGUUGCUCCAUUAGCGCCACAGAUGCUAAAUCUGCCGAGCAGUUCACCAGUGGUGCAAGUAUCCUGCGGCCUUCAUCAUACCGUCGUACUAACGCUAGCCGGUGAAGUUUUCACCUUUGGCAGUAAUCAAUAUGGUCAGUUGGGUACGGGGGAUUUGCAACCCGUAAACGGACCAGUUAAAGUGAAUGUGCAAGGCGCAAUUAGCCAGGUAAGCGCUGGUAGUAAUCACACAGUGCUGAUGACCUACAAAGGCAUGGUGUACACUUUUGGCAAUUACCAAAAAGGCCAGUUAGGUCGUUUGCCAAACGAUUCUCAAAGAGAUAAAGCUACGGCCGUUGGCGAGGAUGUGGGUGCAGCAUCUAAUAAAAAAGCAAGCGGUGAAAAUAACACAACUCCUACAGGCCCUGGUGGAGCAACCAAGGAUGCCGGCAUUGCAAGUUUAUUGACGCAACGACAGAAAUUUCUAUGGCAUUGCGCACCCGGGGCUGUCUUCGGUUUGGGCCCCAGCUUCGGUAAGAAGGCAACUUGGAUUGGCGCAAGUGGUGAUCAGACGUUUAUAAAAAUCGAUGAGUCGCUCAUCACUACGCACAUGUUGCCGAAAGUCAAUGUAGUCGCCAAUAAGAAAACUAUUUUGCUCAUACCUACUAUUCCGCUCACAUUCCACACACUUUCGAUCAACCGUCGUGACGGCAGCUGCACUGCUCAUUACCGAAAUCAAAUAAAUUUUGUACAAAUCAUACAAAAUAGUAAUGCUAAAGUAAUGCCGGAGCUAAAUCAAAAUAUUGCCGCUAGUGCUUGCCCCUCGGUAGUGGCUAGCAGUGCACCCGCUGCGAUGGCGCCAUUGCAACCUGUCCUGGCGGGUCCUAUAAACGACCAGAUGUCGCGUAGCAUGCACGAGGCGCGCAAUCAAAUUUUCGAUUUGCAAGAAAAUCAGCUGGGGGAACAGCAACAGCGACGGCGCCAACGCGGACGCGAUCAGGCCAAAAGCCCUGCUGGAGUCUCGGCAAGUAGUAGCGGUGGCGGAGGCCAUGGCAGCUCCAUCAUGGAUAAGCCGCAACCUCAAAUCGCGUUCGCUUUAGAUCCCCACUAUAAUAUAUUGUGGGUAUACGAUGGCGGGGUGCGGAAGUUACAGUGUUACAAUGUAAUGGCCAGCGAAAUUGCCAAUUGUGGUGUCAAUUCAUCAAAUUUUCGCGCGAUAUUAUCACCGGAACUGGCCUUGCCCAACAAAGUGGAUGCCCGCAUAUCGCGUUCACAAGCCUCGUUGAAUUUGCUGGCUUGUUUGGAUAUUCUUACUUCAGCUCAAGAUGCUAUCCCCGCAUGCUUUGAAGAAGCAGUACCCAAGCAACAAAGCCAUACUAAAGAAGCCUUGAAUAACGAGUAUCAGAUCGUGAACCGUUUUGAUAAUUUUGGCGGCGGUUGGGGCUAUUCAGGGCACAGUGUAGAAGCUAUUCGUUUCUCCGCCGAUACUGAUGUUAUGAUUUGUGGCUUCGGCAUGUUUGGCGGUCGUGGAGAGUAUACUUGCAAAUUGAAACUAUUCGACCUAGGCACUGAUGGGGGCGGUUAUGAGAAAGAGGGCAUUCUCAUUACUGAAACAAAAGAGAUACCAUUUGAGUGCGCUGCCCGUAGUAAACAUCAUAUAAUGUUGUCGAAGCCUAUUAAUGCUGCGGCAGGUCGCUGGUAUUUGGUGUGGGCACGUAUUGCUGGACCCUCGUCUGAUUGCGGCUCUUGCGGACAGGCUUCUGUGACAACUGAAGAUCAAGUAGUAUUCACCUUUAAGUCAUCGAAGAAGGCUAAUAAUGGCACUGAUGUGAAUUCAGGUCAAAUACCAUCCAUUCUCUAUCGCCUCAUUACACAAGAAUCAAAGCAGCCAGCUGCUCCGGUUGAUGUGGAUCCGGUGCAAAAAAUUACCAAGUCCUUUGCGAAUACAGUGAGCAAAGAGUGUUUUGAGAGUUUAGUAGUUUUGCUGAAUUGGUCUUGGGAAUCAUUUAAGACGAAUUUACGCGAACAGCGCGAUAAAGGGCGACAAUUGCAAGUAAAACAAACGUUGGCAUAUUUGAUUUAUGUGAAUAAAUCCUGUCUGCGUCUACUGCGCAAAUAUACGAAUGAAAUAUAUCCGCCACGCGCAUCGGCAACAUUUGCCAAUACCUUGACGGCGAGUAGCAUUGCAAAUGCACUGACGAAGUUGCAGGCACGUACAGCAAAAGGAGAUGGCAGAGGUGUGUGCGAAUUGAGUUUAAAAAGCGUUGUAGUUAAUUUUAGUUUCUCUUAUUUAUUUUCAGAUAAAAAUUCUAAAUCUGCGCUGAGCAAUUCUGCUUCCACUGUAAUCGCGAACAAUGUGGCCAAGUACUUUGGUGAAGCUUCUGCCACAACAACAUCUAUAUCAGGAGCCGCCAACGGCGUGUCGUCAACUCGCAAGCCCAAUAUGGAGAACAUACAAUUGGCCGAGUGUAUUGGCAAUGUACGAGCACUCCUAAUUGGCAUCUUCUGUGACGAUAUCUUCAAAGAUAUAUGCAGUGAAAGAGGUUUCGCUAUGGCAUUUGAAAUUUUGGAAGAAUGCCACAUCAGCUUUGUGGCCUGCUUUGACGCCUUCUAUCCCACAUCGUCGUUGAAAUGGAAUUGUUUGUGUGACUUGCUAUCCCAAAUGGAUAAACAAGGUACCUUACAUUCACGCCUGCUAAGCGCCAUACUCGCUGGUCUUUGUUCUCCUUCGGUGAAGUUGCGUACUACAUUCUCAUUGCUUAACCCGGGCAACGAACGUCAAUCGAUAAUCAGCCCAAGCGACAAUUCCGGUCUGCCAAUGCUUUCAUCCACCGAAGCGCAUCAGUAUCCCAUACUUGUGGAACAAAUGAUUUAUCGCACACAGCAGGAGAAAAGUGAUUUUCUCAGCAAUUCAUGGACUUUCAAAGAUGUGCUCGUACGGUUGUUGGAUAUCAUUGCGAAUCCGAUACGCGGACGUAUCGAGAAUAUUUAUAACCGCAGUGUGCAAUUGAAUUAUGUGGGCUCUUUCGGCAGCAAAGAUAUUAAUCAAGGCUUAAUCGACAACUGCUGCCACCUGUUGGCACGUGUGCUGGCCGAAAUAGUGUAUCACACAUCGUUGGGCGAUUAUGAUAAAAUGUUUAUGCCGCCUCGUAGUCUUCACUCCACUGGUUCACGUUUUGCACGCUGCGACCAGAGUCGCACCUGGAACACUGGUAAUUUCGGACCCGACGCUAUUGGAUUUACUGUGGAUCGUGCUGGUAUUGCAAUUGCGGGUGCCAUGAUUUUCUCUGGGUCCGGCUCUUACGAUUACCAAUUGGAAUUGUUAUAUGACAACACCGUGGACUUACAGUCGCAACAUAAAUGGGAAACACUCGAAUCUGUAUCGGGCUCUUAUGAUCAGGAUGUGGUGCAUAAUGACAUGGCUGAAAUCAAAUUUGAGCGACCGGUGCAUAUUAAAGAAAAUACACGGUAUGCACUUCGUCUGUGCUCACAAGGCGCCCGCACCUGCUCCGGCGACGCAGGUGUGCCUUCGAUACGCGGGCCUUGCGGCACUACAUUUCAGUUUUACUCUUGUGAUUUGAGCUUCAAUGGCACCACUCCACAACGCGGUCAAAUCCCCUGCAUACUUUAUUAUAGCACGCCGGUUAAGAGUGAUACGUCGGGGGGUGGUUGUGGUAGUGAUAGCGGUGGCAAUAGUACCAAUGGUGUGCCACCCUCCAAUGAAGUGACUACGCGUGAUACUGCUUUACAAAUUGCUAGCGAUAUUACCAAGAAGUGUACUGAGCUGUUGAUUUUGGCUCGUAAUGCUUUGGCUGCUUCCCUCUCGCCCUCGGACAAUUCAUCCAAUCAUACACAGACGAUAGAUUCGGAACACAAUAUCACACCCAUUGAGGAGCAUAUGGACAUUAAUUGGGCGAAUAAUUCGCGUACUUCUGUGCUGCCGGUGGAUGCAAAUAUGUCUACUGCGCGCGAUAUAACGAAACGUAUUGAAUCAUUCUCAAAAGGUAUCAUAGAGACACUGAAAUUCGAUAAGCGCUCUACGAAUCCAUUCGAAAUGGAAAUCGAAAUAGGUGCGACUGAGAUACAUCCAAAAGAUUUGAUGAUUGAGGAGAGUACAGGAGUACAGGACUUGAAUUUCCGUAACGGGCAAAUAGCUAAACUGAAUGGGAAUGAGCGGGUGGAUGAUGAAGAUGAGGUUGCAGAGGAGUUUGUAAAUGUGCAGCAUCAUCACCACCAAAAUAAUCAGGUUGGCAUAGGUGGUCCGUUGCGCUCCGAUUCGGAAGAUGUACCGGUUACGCAGUUGACUGUCGUGCAGAUUAUGGAAGUAUUCAAUAUGGCAUCGUCGAAUAUGUUCCACACACUCUUGCCCUUGGUUUAUGCACAUAUAGCCAAUUUGGCAUGCAGCGAUCCAAAGAGCUCUGUUCAAGUACUUAGUAUGAUUAAGGAGAUUCUGCCGCACAUUGCUGCGCUCAAUCAACUCUACGCUACUAAAGAUCAAAACGUUACAGUCUGCGGCGCAGUUACUAUAAGUCCUGUGGCGGCGGCGCACAGUGUACGCAACGCUAUUGCCGUGGAUAAUCGCGAAUUUCGAUCGCGUAAAAAGAGCGAAAGUGAAAUGCCAGUUUUAGGGGAUCGAAAUGCUAGCGAAACCAUAACUACCAGCAAUCAUUAUUGUGUUGUGGAGAGCGAACAUCCAUAUCGUAGCGCUACAAUCAGUUGUCAACGUGUCGAAUUUCCUCCAUGUGUACAGUGGUUAACUAUAGAGUUCGAUUCACAAUGCGGCACUGCUCAAUUGGAGGAUUAUUUAUUGCUUUCUAUACCCAUGCGUCCGGUAGUAACGGAAUCUUGUCCAUCGAAUGAGGAUUACUUUGAUAUGCUGGAUAAUAAUAUGCGACGUCCAAAUGGAUGCGUAGGCACUGCACUGAUUAGUAGUUGUUAUAAAACUGCUGGUGCGAAAGAAGAGGUGGAUGUUGGUGUGGCUGUUGAGCGGGAUUGGAUUGUCGUGAAGAAAUUUAAUACUUCUUCAAAUUGGAUGCAGAAUGUUAUGAUAUUGCCUGGUAAUUGUGUUGAGUUUUCUUUAGAAACUUCUUCGCUGUACGCACAGGAUCCACACAUUAAUCGAUAUGGCUUUAAAUGUCUGGUCGUGGGUUAUGAUAAUCCAUCAACACUCAGUGCAGCAAAUUCAUGCUUGAUACGUCUGGAGCAGGAAUUAGCAUAUUUGGGUGGAAUGUGCAGUGCUAACCUCAUGAAAAAAGAUCUUAAUCUGCCAGAUGACAAAGAUAUGGAGGACCUUGGUGGCGUUGAAGAGACAAUAAAUACUCAUCAUGCACUAUUAUCGAAGGGCUUUGCGCUGUCUGAUCCCUUUUUAACAGUUAAUCAAGCAUUAGAGUCUUAUCUACCAAUUGGAACUAAUAAAUAAACAUCAAGAAACAAUAAUACAACAUAAAACAUAAAAACAAUUAAUUAAAUUAUAAUAAAAUUAAAGAUAUACACAAAUUUACGUAGUGCAUCUGUCAUUGCCGAAUCUCACAAAAUGAUAUGCAUUUCGCCCA